UACAACGCGAUCUUUGUUUUGUUUGCCAGCGCAGAAAAUUUUCAUUAUCAAGAAUCAAAAAAUUGGAAAAAUUUCGAUUUCGUAUCAUUUGCUGUUUGCUUGGUCAAUUUUGAUAUUGUAAUGUCAGAAUACGAAGUUGCCAAGAAAGGAAAACUGGUUUUGAAAGGUGAAAAGAAAGGUUUGAAACGUAAGAAGAAACAUAAAGACAAGAAAGAGAAAUCAGAAGGGAAACACGCAGACACAGAUCUUGCUUCACACGGAGGCUGGUGUAAAGCAGACCUGGUCAGUGAUAUCACAGGCAACAUAUGUAUUGAAUUCGGCAAUCACACCUAUAUUAAAGCUCUAGAUAAUGGAUGUUUUACUAUUGGCCCUCCUCAUGAUGAAGGAGACGGACCAUCUCCUGAAGAAGUCCUGACCGCUGUUGUUAUUAGUGAAACUAAGGUAGCUUUCAAAUCUGGUUAUGGCAAAUACUUGGGUUACAACAAGGAUGGAUCUGUUAUUGGCAAAGCAGACGCUAUCGGUCCAUUGGAACAGUGGGAACCUAUAUUUCAAGAUGGUAAGCUAGCCUUACUAAGCAGUAACGGAUGUUUUAUGUCGAUACAAGAUUCAGAUGAUUCGGUCGUUGUAACCAGUAGAAAAGCUGGCGAUAAAGAAAUAGUUCAAGUUCGUUAUUUCGCCGCAGACCGAGAAAAAGAUCCUUUAGAAGACAUCCCAGUUGAGGAAAGAGGCGAUUUGAAGGAGGUUGAAAUGAAUUACGUCAAAAAAUUCCAAAAAUUUCAAGACAAAAAACUACGUGUUUGUUCCGGAGGAUACGUUAAACUGAAGAAAGCUAAAGACGAAGGAAAACUACACGAAGCUUUUCUAGAUCGAAGAUGCUCUAUGAAAUCAGACAGAGGAUGUAAAUAAUUCGCUAGACGACAAAAGAAAGAAAUCGAAUAUUAUUAAUUAUAAUUUUAACAUUACAUUAUUUAGUUUUACAAUAAA